CGCCGAGGCGACGGCCGUCGCGGCCGGCGGCCCUGGCGGCGAGCAGCCGCCCGUGGUGUGCCAGUGCGCCGACGCCCCAGGGACGGCGCCCGAGGGCGCGCCAGCGGCGCCCCGGCUCGCCUUCGCGGGGGCGGGCGACCUCGCGGACAACACCACGCGGGACAAGGUUCUCUGCGCCCUGGCGGCGGCGUCCGCCAACCAGAGCGGCCUGGAGGCACCCAGCGCGAUGGAGAAGAAGGCGGCCCUUCGCGCCAACCGCGAGGGCUUCGUGCCCGUACGGCCGCGCCACGAGGUGGGGGCGCUGCUGGGCGGCUGCGUCGCGACGGUGC